CAGUCAUCUAUCCAUCCACCCAUCCAUCCAUCGCAAUGUCCACGGCCGCGUCAGCGUCAGACUCCGAGUUCGAUCUAGACUACGCACCUGCCGCGCCGUCGAAGGCUAUAGCGAAAGCGAAACGGAAACGGACGCCGGCGCCACCCUCACCAGAUGCGGAGCUCGAUGCCGUACCGCUGCGUACGACCGCGCACCCCAGCGGCAGCGGCGCGCGCAUCAUGAUGACGGACGACUCCGAGGACGACGUGGUGCUGGCGGCGUGGAAGCGGCGGAAGUCUGCGGCUGCUUGUAAGCCGAAGCAGAAGAAGAAGGCAUCGCGAGCGGGUAAGAAGACCACGAAGCCUUCUCCCGCCGAGCGGAUCGUCGGGCGCACGGCUGCCGGCGCAGCAGGCAGGAAGCAGCCUCCGCUCACGUGGAACUUUACCGAGGACCGUGCGACUACCGGCGACGGCGUGCGACAGGACGACGAGGUCGUUCUGCCGCAGUACUUGCUCCCGCGGAAGGCGGCGGUGCAGCGCGCGCGCGAGGAGAUGGCGCAGGGAAGAGCGCCGACGCUUGGUGGCGUGAGGCUGCCGCCCAGCUGGGACGAUGUGGUGUUCAGUGAUGAUGAGAGGCUAGGAGAGCUGGAGAGCCGGCCGCACUUUGGCGGCGUGGUGAAGCCGUGCGCGCCGUACGCUGAUAUCGUGCUGCCUGACUCGCUGGGCGUCGUCCCCUGCAGCAUUGCACAGUAUCUGCGUGGGUACCAGGUCGAUGGUGUGAGGUUUCUGCAUAGGUGCUUUGUGCUGCAGGAGGGGUGUAUCCUGGGCGACGAUAUGGGGCUGGGCAAGACGGUCCAGAUCAUUGCGUUUCUCACUGCCGCGUUUGGGAAGACGGGGGAUUCGCGCGAUGCGAAGCGGAUGAGGAAGGCAAGGCGCGCGGGUGGGUGGUAUCCGAGAGUGUUGGUGAUCUGCCCCAGCAGCUUGAUUGCGAAUUGGUGCUCCGAGUUCAAGACCUGGGGCUGGUGGGAGGUGUAUGUUUAUCAUGGGUCGAAAGAGGAUAAGGAGAUGGCGUUGCGUGCGGCGAUGGCAGGUAGUGCCGAAGUAGUGAUUACGAAUUAUGAAACGUAUAGACUGAGGCAUAUGGAGGUGAACCUGGUGGAGUGGGAUGCGGUAAUUGCCGACGAGUGUCACAAGAUUAAGGAGAGGAGCUCGCAGACGACGCAGAGGAUGAACGAGAUCAAUUCCCUCUGCCGGAUAGGUCUGACGGGAACGGCGAUACAGAACAAGUACGAAGAGCUGUGGACACUGCUCAACUGGUGCCGUCCGGGCCAGGUCGGGACAGUAGCAGAUUGGGAGCGCACGAUCUCUGGGCCGCUGCGGAUUGGGCAGACGCACAAUGCCACGGUCCGGCAGCUGGGGAAGGCGCGGAAGGUGGCGCUGAUGCUGGUCAACAACCUGCUGCCGCGCAUGUUCCUGCGGCGGAUGAAGACACUGAUCGCGCACCAGCUGCCGAAGAAGUCGGACAAGAUCGUGUUCUGCCCGCUCACCGAGACGCAGAAGGAGGCAUACAUGAACUUCACGGAAAGCGAAAUGGUGCGGCUGAUCCGCGACGCCAGCGACCCGUGCGCGUGCGGCAGCGGCAAGAAGCGGCGGAUCUGCUGCCACCGCGAAGACUCGCAGGGCCGCAGAAUCAACGAACUUGUAUUCCCCGCCAUCAUGUGGACGCUGAAGCUUUCCAACCACCUGGCCAAUUGGGUCCCCGACGACGGCGACACAGGAGACGUGCGCGCGCAGAAGCUGGAGCUAUUGGAGACGUGUCUUCCCGGCCGAUGGAAGGAGCUGUCGACACGCGAGAGGAUGUACAACUACAUGGACCCGCAGAUGUGCGGGAAAUGGAUCGUGCUCGAGCGGCUUCUCAAAUUCUGGUACGCCAACGGCGACAAGGUUUUGAUCUUCAGCUACUCACUAAACCUCCUGCAUAUUCUGCACGCGCUCUUCCGCAGGACGGAUUACAACGUGUGCUACCUGGACGGGGGGAUGCCACUCGGCGAGCGCGCCAAGGCCGUCGACGACUUCAACUCCGACCCGGACCAGUUCGUGUUCCUGAUCUCGACCAAGGCCGGCGGCGUGGGGCUGAACAUCACCGCGGCCAACAAAGUUGUGAUCUUCGACCCGAACUGGAAUCCCGCGUACGACUUGCAAGCUCAGGACCGCGCAUACCGCAUCGGACAGACGCGUGAUGUCGAGGUGUUCCGGCUGAUCUCGACCGGCACGAUCGAGGAGAUUGUGUACGCCCGCCAGGUGUACAAGCAGCAGCAAGCGUCGAUCGGAUACAAUGCGAGCGUCGAGCGCCGCUACUUCACCGGCGUCAUGGGCGAUAAAACUAACAAGGGUGAGCUCUUCGGCCUCAAAAACCUCUUCACCUUCCAGGAAAACACCAUCCUCCAGGAAAUCGUCAACAAGACGAACAUUGCCGAGCGCAAGGCGGGCGUCAUGGUCGCGGACAUGGACGGGUCCGCUGACGAGGCCGACGAAACCGACGACGUCAUCCCCGCCGACGAGGAAGCCGGCGUGCUACAAGUGCUCACGCGCGUCGCGGGGGACCUCGACGACCUCGGCGUCAAGCCCACGAGAAAACCCAAGCCCUUAGCGAAAAACAACCCUAUCGCCGCCAUCCUCGCAGACGCAGGCGUAUCCUACACGCACGAAAACUCCGAGGUCGUCGGCACGUCCAAGAUCGAAGAACUUUUAUCGCGGCGCGCGGUCGAGAGCGCCUCGCACGAUACGCAAUCCGUGGACAAACCGGCAUUCUUUGACGACGAUGACGACGAUUACGGCGAUGAGGACAGGGUAAGGUACAAGUUCAAACCGCCCACGGCGGUAAGGAAGAGACAGUUUUGCACCGCCGCGAAAAUGUUUGGGUUCAGUGAUGUGCGCGAGUUUGCGCUGGUUGUUGAGGGCUGGAGUCAGGCGCAGCGCACGACCGCGCUCAAUAAGUUUUAUCAGAUGCGCAGGGAGGGGGGCGAGAAAGACGGGAAAGGCGUGGAAGAUGAGGCCGACGCGGUGGUGGCACUCGAUGCGGUUGGGGCACAGUUGAUCAAGGAAGCGGAGGCGCAGGAGAAUGAGCCUGACACUGCUAUUCCGGCGCCGACUCCGGUCAAUUCCACUGCUGCUGCUGCUGCUGCUACCAGAACUGAGAGAGAAGCAUCAGAGGCGGCGAAUAGCGACACAGAAGACGAGUUAUAGUCCUCUUUGAGCGUUUGUUUAUACUCUUCAACGUUUUGUAAUUUGUACAAUACUCCCCCUCCAGCACAGAACAUCAUCCCUUCAACAGGAGGCCCG